AUGAAUGUUGAAUUAAAUAGUAAUGAUCCCGUACCACAUACGCAUUUAAUAACACUUCAUGAAGUUGACAUACAAUUAACAAAUCGAAAAACUAUACUUACUGAAACAACACCAACCAAUGAUAAUAAUCAAUUUACAAAUGUUAUCAAAAGUUUUCUUUCAAAGGUUUUUUCUCAACCAAUUAUUGAUCAUAAUUGGGAAUCACGAUAUUAUUCGGGUCAUUUGGUAGCUACUUGUGGAAAUUUUGUUGCUUAUUCUCUCAAACGACAAAAUGGUGAUGAUAUUAUUUGUGUGUUUUAUAAACAAGUGGAUUUUCGAUCUGUUAUAAAUCCUCCAUUUUCGGGUGAUAUUCAUGAUUUAGUAUUCUCAUUUUCUGACGAUGUCCUUUUGGCAUGUGUUGAUCAAGCAUCUCAUCUACGUAUUUAUCGAAUAGAAAAAGUUGACGAACCAAAUGAAUUACAACAUAUACUAAUCUUAUUUAUUGAUCUGCAAUAUUCGAACAAUCAAUAUCCUCCAACAUUAUCAUGGUGUUACUUUAUACCUGAUAGUAACGAUAGUGAAGAUAAUGAUGCAUAUACUAUGCUAAGUGUUACUCAUGGUUCAAACGUCGAAGUACUUAAUGUUGAUAUUGCAUCACAAUCAUGUAUAUCGGAAAAUAUGUUAAGCUUAAAUCAAAUUGAAAAUGGUCGUUUAACAUAUGCAGAUAAUAAUGGUAAUGUAACAUGUGUUUGUUUCUCACCAGAUGGUACUGCAUUAGGAACGGGUACAGAUAAAGGUGAAAUAAAAUUUUUUUCAAUUAAUUUCGAUCAACCACAAACAUGCAGAUGUUUACAUCUUUGGAUACCACAUGAAGGUCGACCAAUUUCAUCAUUAUUUUUUCUUGAUGAUCAUAAAAAUUUAACACAAGAUACUCAAUUAUGGCGCUACGCAAUAUCAGGCUGUGAUCAAAAUCGUGAACUUAAAGUCUGGAGUUCGGAAACUCAUUUAGAUCGCAUCUUCAAAAAUCAUAUUAAAACAUUGAUUAUUACAAUCGCUAAAAAUGAAAUAAUAGGAUCACCAUCACGCAUAAUCAAUAUACUCUGCAGUUAUGUUUUAACUAUGUGCACCAAUUUAUUAUGCUUAAAAUUUCAUCCAUAUUCCAAUAUUUAUGUUAACUUUAGUGAACGAUUAUCUUUCGAAUCAAAAGAACCUGCAAGAUUUUUUUCUUCAAGUUUAAUGGAAUUACAUAUCAAUGCAGAUGAUUUUACUGAUUGUCUUUAUCUGCUCGAUGGUGGUUUCAAACGACUUCAUACUUUUUAUAUUAAUGUUCGUUUGUUUACUCCUCCAUUACCAGCAACUAUUAGCAAGAUACAUUAUUAG